AUGGGUAUCCAUGAAGAUGCUCGCAGAGGGACUUUGACCGAAGCAAGGCUCGAAAAGUACCUCGAGGCAGAUUGGACUAUUCUCGACCAGCGAGACUCGGUCGAAGGUCUGACACCACUUGGGGCUGCCACGGUAGGAGGACACGCCGACGAGGUCCUGUUGCUUCUCAAAAGCGGGGCAAAAGCAGACAUUCUCUCCAGAGAUGGCGCGACACCUCUCCUCCUUGCCGCAUCAAGGACUGAGAAGAACCGUGCUCGCAUCAUCCAAUUGCUCCUGGCGAAGACGCCUUCCAAUGCCAUUGACGCAACAACCGCAGCAGUCGGAAACAAUACACCAUUGAUGUUCGUUGUGCUGAAGAAGGAUGCCGAAUCCAUCAGGCUACUCCGAAAGGCCAGAGCAUCAGUGACACUGACAAACGAUGAUGGCCACACCGCGAAAUUCUUGGCCGACAAUACUUACGACAGGGUUGUCAUCCGCGCCCUCAACCCAGAAAAGGAGCAGAGUGACUUUUCCAAGUUGAUCGACAUGGUUGUCGGACUACUCCUAUUUGUUGUUGCAUGGGUCAACAAGGUCGCCGAUGAUGUCGUCCGUCGGGCUUACGGUAUACAUAUCGACCUCAACGAGGCCUGGGACCAGGCUGUGAACCGUGGCGAGGAUCCAACCACGGCCGAAUUCGUGGAAAAGGUCGACGAGGUUGUCAAGGACUCCCCCAUAGAGCGUUUCUUCGAAGGCAAGGAAGACUUUGUCCGUGAAGUGGCAAAGAAUGCUGUCGAGUUGCAAAAUGACACGACGACAUCUCUCGGCAGCCCAGAGCUUUUGCCCAAGACUAUCAAGGUGUCAUUGCAUCAACAAGUCAUCUAUUGUGAUGACAGCGGCUCCAUGAGGCGCGAAGAUCGUUGGGAUUCUCAAACAAACCUCGUUGAGCGCAUUGCCAGGGUCACCACUCGGGUCCUCCCUGAGGGUGAAGGCGUUGCUCUUCGAUUCAUCAAUCAGGACGUGCCCGACUCGUCGAAUCUGAGCCUCGAAGAUGUUGCCAAUAUCCUGAGGCCCAUGAAGUGGUCGAAUAGUGGGAAUACCGAUAUCGGCACCAACCUGAGAUCCAAGAUCCUGAAGCCGCUUGUCUACGACAAGCUCGAGUCGAUGCCGAGGAGGCUCGAGAGACCACUGCUCAUCUCUAUUCUCACCGAUGGUGGGCCUGAGCCGGAGCCAGAACCUACGUUGAAAAAUGCCAUUGUAGAGUGCAGCCAGCGGCUGGAUGCUGCCAAUUAUCCCCGCGAAAGCGUGAAGUUUAUGAUUGGUCAAAUUGGGACUUCGAAAUUCGCGACAAGGUUCCUCCAGACUAUCAGAGAGAGUGCAGAGAUUGCGGAUAUGGUGUAUUGUACUUCAGAUCAACUCGAUGAAAGAUUCAAAAUGGAGUAUGACAACCAAGCCAAUCUAGAUCGAUGGCACCACCGGCUGCUCCAUCCCGAUCCCUCGGUGCUCUCCUCCAAUGACGUGAUUGAUCUUGAAUCGUCGCCGCUGCUUCCCCCUCCCUGGGAAACAAGAAACUUCGACAAGCAGCCGAAGAGGCUGUUUGCGCCGUUGAACAUCUGGAAUCGGUCGAUUCAGAACUCGCAUAUAUAUUGCCAUCCCCCUCCUCAACCAAGACUUUCCUCAGAUUCAAACACCCAAACAGUCGGCAAACUGCAGCUCAACAUCAGCGACCUCUCCCCCUUCAACAUCCUCCUUCUCGUCAUCGUGCUGACCAUGGCUUUCCAAAUGCCAUCAUUCCUCUCACGCUUCCUCCGCCCAUUGAGCUCUGCGGCAUCAAUGUCCCUCCAACCCGAUGCCCUAGCAGCUAUGCAAUUCCCUCCCAACUCACAGAGAGCCAUCUUCGCUGGCGGAUGCUUUUGGGGUCUGGAGGAGUUAUACCGCAAGACAUUCGGCGACGGCAAGGGUCUUUUGGACUGCAGAGUUGGAUACACCGGUGGCCAAUCCAAGGCACCGAGCUAUGCCGAAGUCUGCUCCGGACGAACUGGCCACGCCGAAUCCCUCCUGAUCGUCUUCGACCCGGAACGCCUCUCGUACAGGCAACUCUGCGAGUUCUUCUUCAGGAUGCACGAUCCGACUACGCUGAACCGACAGGGCGCCGACACCGGCACGCAGUAUCGCUCCGCGAUUUUCGCCGAGAACGACGAGCAACUCCAGAUUGCCGAGGAGAUCAAGAAGAAGGUCGGCGAACAGUGGUACAAGGGCAAAAACAUCACCACGGAGAUCAAGAGAGCGACGCAGUGGUAUGAUGCAGAGGCUUACCAUCAAAAAUAUUUGAUCCCAGAGCCUGGAAAGGACACAUCGGGAUUGUACCACUGCCCUGCGCAUUAUCGACGACCAUUUCCUGAUCUGGUGUAA